ACCAACCAAAGGCCUUGCUUCAAAUGCGGUCAAGUCGGUCACUUCGCCAGGGAUUGCACUGCUCCCGACACCCGGGCAUGUUUCCGUUGUGGCGAGACCGGUCAUCUUGCUCGUGACUGCCCUAACGAGGACACCAGGCCCGAGAGCGAUCGCGCUCCUCGUGGACGUGGUGCUGAGGGCAGGAACUGUUUCAAGUGUGGUCAGCCUGGUCACUUCGCCAGAGACUGCCCUAACUAA